GUUACAAUAGCUUGAAAAAAAAUUUAUAUGCGUUGGAGCAAAUUUUCUUCUUGAAAAUUAUACAAAUAAAUAAAACGAGUAAAAUAUAUAUUAUAUAAAAAACAACAUCAUAAUUUAUAUCAAAGAUACCAUGAACUCGUUGUUAUAUCAGCCUAGAGAAGGUGUAGAGUUCACACAACGAUCAGAGAUUCCGUUGUUAAAAGUGCAAUACAGCACAUUUCAGACUGCAUUAUUUUGUUUGGUCAGGGACUGGCUGAAAGGCAAGGUCGGUGUUGGUGCGCCGGAGGAGGAAUCCGUAAAAAAUGAUAUCACAGAAGUAAAUGACGCUGUAAAUGGUGAUGGACUAAAAGACGUCUUGGACGAGGAGACAAAACCUGUUUACGACGAAAUGGUGAAAAUAAAAGUACCAGGACAUCUUAAAGUAGCUACUUCACAUCGAAAAUGGUUAAGACUCACAUACGAAUUUCUCCAAAAGAUAGGUGCGACAUUCUCUGACAAAAUGACAGCCCUUGUCCGCAAGCACGAUCUCAGUAAAUACACACACCGAGAAGUCCUGGGAUAUGCUGUAAUGUUUGGAGAUGGUUCUAUUGACUGGAGACAGUUGGAAAUAGAAGCAGAGAAAAUAGAAUGGGAUAAUACCCUUCAUAAUCAUUAUGCCGGUAAUCCUCACCAUCCGGAAUAUUUCUAUCCUCUAACGGAAGAUGGUAAAAGGGACAAGAGUGUUCCUAUGUUGAAAUUAGACCCUGAAAAUGGGAAAGAUUAUGUCGAUGAAAGUAUAAUUGAUAUGCUAGCAGCUCGCGGAGAGAGAGUUCUUGCUAAAGAUCCAGAAAUUAAUGUCAAAAAAUGGCUUGCAAUUGAAGAAAGAUACCUUUUCAGAUAUGCUGAAGAAGACAAAGUAUACGUAAAGGAAUGUCUUAAAAAGGUAGAAAAAUUAGCUGAAGAUUUCUUAUCAGACGUAGAAAAUGAGGAUAGCUUUUAUGGUCACUUUGAUGAUAGGGCAGUGGUCUUUAAACCCUUGGACUAAAUUCAUGACAAUGGAAUAAUUGUGCAUACCAAGUUCUUACAAAAACUGGAACAAAAGUUGUAUAAAUGACUAAAUGUGUUUAAAUUUUUUAAAGAUUGACAGUGUAAAAACAAGUCUACCUCGUGUUCAGAUAUUAACGUUUAACUUAUUAAAGCCCUCUAAUUUCUUUUAAUUAUUGAUAUUUUGUUUCUAUUGUACCCUUUAUAACAUCUACGUCAAAUCGUUUAGUAAACAUAUACAUUGUAUGUAGAUUCUUUAUGUUCGGUGUUAGACAAACAUAUUAUCAGACUAGUGAAAUGAGUAAAUAAUUCUUGACUGCAACACAAACAGUUGUUUUAAUUUAUUUCAUGUCUUUAUUUGUUUUAAUAAUUAUUCAUUUUUGCUGAAUGUUACAGGAAACAAUUAUAAAAUUAUGUAGUCUUAUUGAUGGCGUUAAUAAAUAAUAUAAAUAAUAUAAUAAGUAAUUUUUAUAAGAUUUACAGAUAUUUGUUAUAUUUAAGACUGAAUUUGCACAAUGUACGUGUUUUUUUAUUGCUUUCAGUUUUACUAACGCGUACAAAGACAUUUGACUUAACUGAACAUUUUUAUGAGCGUCUUUAUAUAUUUUAUAUUCCUAUUUGCAUUUAUUUAAAACCAAUAUUUUAGCAUCCAUGUUUAUAUAAUUAUAAGCGCACCUGUAUAUUAUUGCAUGUAAUUAUUUCAUUUUGUACUGUUGUUUAGAUUGCAGGUUGUAAGAUUUUGUUAGAAAUCGGUGUAAAAGAGAUGAAAAAUAAAUAUAAAAU